UCGGAUUUCUACUCAGCUAGCGCCACACGCAUGCAUUAAAAAAAAAUUUAAAGAAAAAAAAUUGUGAAAAAAAAAUUUGACAGUUAAAGAAUUUAAAAUGGCCGUCUUUCACUGCGCUCGUCGAGCCGGUGACGCGAUUUGACCUAUCAACGGGAUCAACACAGCCUCCACCAAAAGGAGACAGCAGAUACGAAAACGCACGAAUUAGAAAGAGAUAUCACGAUUUCUCUCAGCUACACAGAAUAGCAAUUAAUGGAAAUUAUUGGUGUUUGCUGUCUUGAAUGUGGAAUGAAGAAUAUUUUGGCUGUUAUUAAGACAUUAUACUGACCGUUGGAGAUAUUUUUGAUAAACGACUUUACGUCGUUAAUGGAGCCGUAGUACAACGCCCCGCCCGCAGGCCGCUUGCUACCCCACGAAUCGAGAGGUUCACCCAUCGUCCCCUGUGCCACAUGGAGCCCAUCCUCGCGAACCCAACAUAUUUGAUUGGAAACCGUUUCACGAAGAAAUCCUUCCCGGGAAACUUGCCACAUCUGCAAUAUCACCAUUGUCGGUCUAGUUCAAACAUGCUAUUGAAAAUAGAAAACGAAUUACUGCAAAGUCAUCGUCAAAGAGAAACGACUGGUAUCAAAAAAUUAUACAAUUCGUUCUUCGUUCUAUUUUAACGUGUUCGAAAGUUUUGCUCUGUCAAAAAUCCAUUCAUUCAUUUCAUUCAUCAAUCAGUGACUAUUGUGUUGGCAUGGCCAAUUUGUGAUGGAAUUUUACUCGGAAGAAAAGGACUAUAUUAUGCAUGAUAGCCGGAAAGAAGAUAACUAUAUUUGGGAAUCUAGUGUGAGGUUGGCUCUUGUGGGGAGGGAAGAGGAACUCGGGAUGUAUUUGGAGGAGCGAGAGGGACGGAAGCGGAAGUGGCAGGGGGAGGGGAAGAUGAUGCGGAGGGAUGAGAGCGAGGAAAAGGAGCAGAGGAAGAUUCCGCCGAAAAAAGUUAUGGCAUCAGCCUUGAGCGAUAUGGGUGGCAGCGGCACCAGCUCCUCGUCAUCACACAUGUCACCCGGUUGGCAGGUCAACGACCUCGAUCUUGAUUUGCCCGGUGAACUGUCUAUGAACGAGGCGCUGCUGUCGCUGCCAUCAUUGGCUGUGUUCAAACAAGAGGCGCCGUCUCCGACUGGCAACGUGUUAUCCCCACCACGUCGUGCCUGGCCGCCUCGAAGACCUGAUGAGAGACAGAUCAAUGCGGAAUAUACAGACUUACAACAGGGCCGAGUGGCUGACAGGGAAAUGAAGAAUAUGUGGGAGAUCACAAGCAUGGUUGUGGACAACAACCGCGAUGCCAUGGAGGAGGGUAGCUGUCAACAGUCGCCCACACAUAACGGGAACAUGAUGGUGCAGCAUGGCAGUCCAGAAAGCAUGCAGUGCCAGCCUACCAUAGCAGCCGGCGCGCUGUUGCCUAUGAACGGAUACCACUCACCAAACGCACAGGAGAAUAAAAAUGCUGGGCUGUUGAUGUGCUCGCCCGUGGGCUCCCUGGACGGGUUCCUGCACUCCCCCAUACAGACGCGCUCCGAACCCAGCUUCAAAGAUGACACCAGGUUCCAGUACGUGCUAGCAGCAGCGACAUCUAUCGCCACUAAGCAGAACGAAGAGACGCUCACGUACCUCAACCAGGGCCAGCCGUACGAGAUCAAGCUGAAGAAACUCGGCGAUCUCUCGCAUUACAAGGGGAAGAUACUCAAGAGCGUGAUCAAGAUCUGCUUCCACGAGCGCCGCCUGCAGUACAUGGAGCGCGAGCAGAUAGCGCAGUGGCACAACGAGAGGCCCGGAGAGAGGAUCGUCGAGGUGGACGUGCCCCUGUCGUACGGCGUGAUCCGCGUGGAACAGCCCGCCUGCCUCAACGCGCUGCACGUCUACUGGGACCCCACCAAGGACGUCGGCGUCUACAUCAAGGUGAACUGCAUUUCGACGGAGUUCACAGCGAAGAAGCAUGGCGGCGAGAAGGGCGUGCCGUUCCGCAUACAGGUGGAGACAUACCUCGCCAGCGAUGAACAUAACCGUCUGCAUGCCGCCGCUUGUCAGAUUAAGGUGUUCAAACUAAAGGGAGCGGACAGGAAACACAAACAGGAUCGCGAGAAAGUGAUGCGCAGACCGCGCACCGACCUGGAGAAGUACCAGCCCGGCUGUGAAGCCACCGUGCUUACUACGCUGUCAAAUGACGCCUUAAUGCCGCCGCCAUCGUUGGUCACCACAUCGCCGCCAUAUUCCCCAGAGCUGUGUGUGGCCCCGAAGUCAGUUGCAAGCCCAAUUGUGGUCAACAAGCCAGUAUUAGCACACAAUGCUAUACUAGCAUCUAACAAUCAAAUGAAGACGUCGUAUUGCCAAGAGACGAACGAUGUGAAAGUGAACUCGCCGCCGUGCCACUCGCCCGGCGCCAUACUGCCCGACCUGCCGCAGCCUGCUGAAGAUCCUGACAAGAACUCUGGUUUGUCCAAGGAAGCUAGCUCCUCGGAGACUCAGGCGUGGUUGGCGAGAAACCGCUUCUCCCACUACGCUGCUACAUUCAACAACUUCUCCGGAGCUGAUCUGCUCAGGUUGACUCGUGACGAAAUCAUUCAGAUCUGCGGAUUCCCCGACGGUAUCCGCCUGUUCAACGCUCUGCAUGCCACACGCAUCUUGCCCCGGCUGACGGUGUACGUGUGCCCGGCCGGCAGCAACAUAUACAGCGCCCUCUAUCUGCACAACUGCAGGGCACACGAGCUGUUGCAGAAGUUGAACUCGCUCGUGCAUGCUUCUAAGGAAUGUGAGACCGUACUAGUUUCGGGGCCGAACGGGGCCCGUGUCCGUCUCACCGACGACCUCGUGCGUCACAUGCCGGACAAUUCGUUCUACCGUCUAGAGAGAGUCGACGACUGCGGCGCUCUACUGCUCUGCGCUACCAACAACAACUAAUGCAGCGUGAAGAUAUAGAACAAGGUAUAAUAUGAAAUGUACAACUUGUAUAAAUGGAAAUUUUAUUUUGUCGGGCUUUUGUUCAAAGUCAAAGUCACAAUUAUUUAUUUCAAUUAGACCAGGAAGGCACUUUUGAACGUCAAAAAUUUCAAAUGCUGAAACGCCACUUAAUUUUAAAACGUUAAUAUAUUUUGUCUUACAAAAUGUUCAUUCUUUCAACAUGUGAAAGUUGUCAUUUCAUAUUUAUCUUACUACAAAAGUAUACAUAUAAGAUCAAAUACAUAAACUCUACAUAGUAAAAUCAUGCUUUCUGUCCAUCUCUCUCUUUGUCUCAAAGAAGGAAAGAGAUAAAAAUAAAGCGAGUCUAUACUAUAAGGUCAACAAAAUAAAUAUGAUAGGCUUAUGUAGAUAAAAAAAUAAUAUAUUGUGCCCAUCCUAAAUAAUUUGGGAUUAAAAAGGGUAUAUAAAGAAAAUUUUAAUGAAAUUAUCAUAUUUGUAAACUUGAUAAUGAAUUGGGCUCACCCCCUACUACAUGGGACUUAACGUACACAAAAUGGUGAAAAGUGGGUGUACAUUGUAUAGUGGUAUUACGUGCUGUAAUGUGCACCUCUGCCUACCCCUUCGGGGAUAAAAGGCGUGAGGUGACAUAAUAUUUAAAGAAUUAAAAUAUACUGAAAUGGAAUCUUUUCUAUUUAGCGCACGUUUGCGCAAGUUAUGACGUGUGUUUGCGCAUUUUAGCGCAAGUAAAGGAAAUUGAUGUUUCAAAUCGAAAUGGAUUUGAUAUUCUUGUCAAACAAUUUGAUUUAUUAAUCAAUAUAUUGUUUAUGAUUAUUGGGAUUGUCAAAAAUAACGUCUGAUAGACGUAAAAUGGAACAUGGACUUGUCUUGUUAAUAUUAUUUUAGUCUAAAUAAGACUAUAAAAACCUGGCUAAAGCUAAAUAUGGCAUAUUUACUUGCUUUUAAAUCCAACUUCACAGUCCUAUCUAUAAGAUAACUUAACAAAUUGGAUUUGUGUAUGAAUUAUCUGUUAGAUUUGACUUAUGAAAUUGGUAAUAAAAUUAUUAUAAUUGUUACUCUUUGGGCAUGGGUGAUUAGAGAGCAAUCACGAUGUCAGUUGCAGAGUAAAAUAGAUUAAUGAAUACAUAUUGGGCUAUUUUUAUAUUAAAAGCUGGUCUUUCAAUAUAAAAGUACAUAAACACUCUCAAUAUAUACCCAUUAAUAUAUACUAAAGCGAGUAAAUACAAAAGCCAGGUUUAAAAAUUAGGUUUUGACAUAAAAGGAAUGGGUUAUUUUGGAAAGGGGCCAUGUGGAGUAUUUGUUGUCAUUUAAUUUCAUCUCAUUAACGUCAUUUGUACUCAUCUUUUGUAGAUUUAUCUUUAGUAAGUAACGUUUUGUAUAAUGUUUGACAAAUAAUUGAAUGGAACUGUUUUACAAGAAUAUUUUUAGUUCUAGCGAGCAGUGGAGGACAGAUGUCAGUCAAUUCAUAUAAUAUUGAUAUGUAGAAACUAGUUAAGAUUCAGUGCUGAACACAGCCUACAUUGAAAAAGACUACUGGUCUUUUUAAAGAACAUUAUUGUACAAUAUUGGUAUCAAGACAAUCUGAUAAUGUCGCAGAGAGCUGCUGAAUACAGGUCGCUUCCAACCAACCGAUUUGAAAGUCGUUGGGGGAGGCCUAUGUUCAGCAGUGGUCGUCUUGUAGCUGAUAUAGUGAUGAUAAUUCUUGUCAAAAUAGUUCUCACUGCCAUACUCAGAGAUACUUUGACUAUUCCUUAGUAACAAUUGUGUUCUAAAAACAAUUGCUAAGGACUGGGUAUUAAAAGACUCUGAGUACAGCAGUGAUUUGUCUAAUGUUAUACAAAUAAUUCUAUAUGUUUAUCUAAAUGUAUAGUUUUAAGUCUUUAUUACACGCAGUUUAAUAAAACUGCUAGUAGGAUAAAAAUACUCUAUUUUUAAAAUGUAUUUUUGCGAUAGUGAAAGCUUGGUUUUUACAAAAAAUCUGAUACCGUAUUGCCGAUGUAUUUGUAUUUUUUUAAAACGUCAGCUUGUAAAUUAUAUGUAACUUGUCUAUAAAAGGUAUUUAAGUAGAUGUAAUAACAUUUUUAAAAAUUCAAAAUCAGGUGCAAUUUAUUGUCAAUGUAUAAAACAUGAGUUUUCAUUAUUGUAAAAAUAUACUUUCCUCUAUACUCAGUCAUUUAAUGGUUACUUAACCCAGUCCUUAGCAAAUGCUUCCGAUACAAAAUCGUAAGGAUUUUUAUAUUUCCAGCUUCAAAUAUAAGGAAUAGUUUAAGUAAUCAUUAAAUGUCUCUGAGUAUGACGGUUUAUGUUUAAUUUAAUUAAUGGAGUCUGUAUUAAAUAUAAUUUGAGCAGGAUUUGCAAUGUUUUAGUGUAAUUAGUUUAAAUGUGAAUAGCCAGGAGCUUAGUGUAUUAUUUAAAUGUUAGCGAGACUGCAUUUUUUUAUAUAAGUACUGUAGACAUAUGUCCGCUACAUUUAAAGUAUAUUUGUUGACCGGACAAUCUCUACACUACAUGUAAAACUCAAAUGUAUCAUCAGUUGAUAUUAAAAUCAUGCCAAAUGUAAUUAAGUAAUGUCAAAUCCAAUGUAAUUGGGUUACAUAAUAUAUUGAAAGUCUCGCUACAUGUCGAUGUCAUGUAUUUAGGCAGCUACUCACCAUUUUAUGUUUAGUUCUAGCUUUAAUUUCGGUUGUUAUGUCAUCACAGAUUAUUAUUGUUAUUUAGAUAUAUUUGUAUGUAAGUAACAUAAAUGUUGUUUUAUUACAAAUUAAUUUUAUUUACAAUUAAUUUAGGGGGCUUUUCUUCAAGUAAUGACCCCCAUAAGUCGGGAUUAUAUGACCCCAAUAACUUGGGACUUGUGACCCCCAAAACAUUUGGUUUGUCAACUUGUAAAGUUAAAUGGUGCCUUAAAAAGUGCCUAACACGACCUCUGAGGUCAGCGCUGUUGCUUCACGGAGUAUUAAAAUAAAUAUUGUAUAAGAUUUUAUAUUAUUAUUGAAAAUAAGAUAUUAUGUUGCAUGAAUUAGUUUUAGUCAAUGUAUGAAAGUAUAUAGUCAAUAAAUAAAUGUAUAAAAGA